AUGAAACUGUUCAAAGUAGAGUAUUUAAGUUCUUGCACAGUAAAUAAACGUCUUACAAACCCAAUGAUUCCAUGGAUUAUUGCGGAAAUCAAGAAAAAUAAUUACAAAAUAAAAGUAAAUAUACCUUAUUUAUAUAAAUUAUAUAGGUAGUAUGGUUAUUAUAAAUUAUUUUUACCUAUUAUUACAAUUACAUUUUAAGUCUACACAUUAAAAUAUAUAUUUUCGUUUAGUGUGUUUUCUGAUUAGUGACUUAUUAUAAUAUAUUGUAUUAUAAUAGUAACCUAUUAUAAUAUAUAGGCACACAACUCAUUACAACCCUUGAUGUAAUCAUUUAGUAGUUAAAUAUUUUAUUUUAGUAAUUAAUUGAUUCGGUUGUUUUAAUGACAAGGAAAUAUUAGUCAAAGUUAUUUAGUUUCAGAGUUUCAAAGUUUCUCCUUUUUUAGUGGUAGACGAUUAUUAUAAUAAUUAAAAAACCGGUUGAAAUCUGAUCUAGCUACUGCAUUUUAUUUAAAGUAAACAAAAUAUGAACACCUUAAAAAAUACACUAACCUUAUGUUUUGAUGUAAUGGUGUGGAACAAAUGUAACCUUUCAAAUUUGUCAUAUUUGUAUUAUAUAUUUAAAAUGUCUAUUAAGAGUAGUAUUAAUGGACUAAUUUACAUGACUGGGCAACAAGAUGUAAGCCCAAAUCAGAAUUAUCUAAAAAUGUAAAUUCACAGUAACAGGAUCGAGAAAAGGGCUUAAAUCUUAAAUCCAGGAGUUUAAAAAUUCUAAGUAUGAUCUAAAUGUUUUUCAAAUAUUUAAAAUGGAGUGUAGGUAAGUGUUAGAUUGGGUGGGGCUAAAAACUAAAGAGGCUCAUAAAAAAUAAUGCAAUUAUAUACCUAUCUUACAGCCAAUUUGAACUACGAAUAUGAAAAAGUUAAUUAAACGAUUUAAUUAAGUUAAUAAUCCUUUUGUGCUAUAUUUAUUAUUUAACUUAUUAUUACUUCAUCUCCUUCACCUUCAUCCUAACUAUUUGGGAUUGGCCACCCUCGUUUUAAAUAUCCAAUUGACCUGAUCUCCCACCUCAGAUACACCUGCUGUCCUCGCAGCAUUCUCAAUCAUAUCCAACUACCUUUUUUUCAGUUUUAAUUUAUUAUUAAAAAUUAUUAUAUAGUAUUGUGAAAAAAUUAAUUGUAUAUUAUUAUUUAGAAUUUUAUUAUUACUUAUUUAUUUCUACGUGAUUAAUAUGAUUUUUAUCAACAUAGCUAUUAUACUUUUAACAUCCAAUAUGGCUAGCUAAUGGAUAUAUGGCUGCAUUGGUUAUAAAAAUCAGAUUUAAAAAUAAAACAAUGUUUAUACGGUGUGUUUCAAAACAAACAGACUUUGUUUGUAAUCAUAAUUUAAUUAAGUAUAUAAUUGUUUUAAAAUAUUUUCAAUAUACGAUAUAGGUAAUUAUUUUACAAUUUCUUAAUUAAUUUGCUCAUUGGUCAAAUUGUCCAUGUAAUGAACAUAUUGCUUGUAACAUACAUACUAAUAAAUUGCACACAGUAUGUUUUUCACCAAAAAUGACAUCGAAUAAAAAAAUAAUAAUACACACACUCAAACGUCAAUUGGUAUCUAUUUUAGCUUGAGAAUUUUAUUUAUAUUUUAAAUUAAAUAUUAUAGAGAAAUGCAGUUUAGGACUAGUGUUAAAUUUUUGAAUUUUUUUUAUUUAGGUAUUUUAAGGCUAUGAAUUCAAAAGUGUUUAAAGAAAUUGUCACUAUUUUAUAUUCUAAGUGAAACAAGGAAUGUAUUGGUUUUACAAUGAUAUUUUAUUUACUUUUUGUUUUAUCUGUGAACAACUUUUCUACCAGAAAUAUUGUCCUCAGAUUUUUAAAUGUACUACCUUUUCUAAAAGAAACUUUUAUUUAUGCGAUACUUUGAGGUGGUUACUUUUUUAUUUUUCAAGCAGUUUUUAGAGUAUUGAGAAAAACAGAAAAAUGUAUGAAAUAUAUUUCAAUUUUGUUUUUUGUUAUAAUUCAGUUAAAAAUAUUCAUAAAGACUUGAAACUUGGAUGAACAAAUUAUAUUUGACUUUUCUGAAUGUGAUAAAAUAUUCAAAACAUUGAGCCAUUUUUGAGCUAUUUAUAGACAUUUAAAUUUUAUAAAAUGAUUAGACCAAACAGAAAUUAUUGAAAAUUUAACAAGAUUUUUCAUUAUAAAUCUUACGUUGUGGUAAAAAAAAAAAAAAAAAUUGAGUGCAAUGUAUAAUUUUUUUUAUAAGAAUUUUAGUUUCACAUUUUGAGGAAAAUCAUACAUACUGUAUCCUUUAAAAACAUGUAUAACCGAACUCAGCUUAGAAUUGUUUUUCUGUUAAAAAUGAUUAAUUGUUGGUUACAGAUGUACAUUAAAUUGUUGUCUAUAUCCUACUUUACCAACAUUUCAUCAUUGAUUUUUGUAUAUAAUGUAAUCAAUUAGUAUUAUGUAUAAUAGUAGGCGAUACAUCACUAUAAUACUAACAUAGUCUACAGUCAUACUACUAUCUAAAAAUCACUAUAAUUUCUAAAAUAAUAAUUUUUAAAUAAUUCUGAUUGCACUGAUUGUUUAAAAAACCUCGAUCUUUAAAACAUAUAACUGUAUUUUGAAGUUUUCUUGAUAUAACUUCCGAAAAAAAAAAAAAGAGAAUGAUAAUUUUUCAAACAUUUUUGAAUUCAGUAUUUUUAAUAACAUAUUUUAGAAAAUAAAAACAAAUGAAAAACUAGUCCUGAUGCUAAACUGUAUUUGAUCCAUUAUACAAUUUAUUACUUAAUUGUGUUGUGUACUGUGUAUAAAGUUACAUUAAAUGAAUUAAACUUAAAAAUUAAAUAUGUGAAAAUCUUCAAGAACCAGCUUUAUACUGCACAAUCAUAGUUGAUAUUUAUUUUCAUUUUUUAAAUAAUUUAACUUAUAUUAUUGUUUUGAUAUUAAAACUGAAUUUGGGUAGGUAGUAAUGCAGUUUCUUUAUACAUAAUUUAAUGUUACAUUACUACUAAUACUACAAUUUAACUAUUAUUUUAUUGUUUACUAAAUAAUUUUUUAUUAUUGUAGUAAUUGUAGUAUAAUUUUGUUUGAAAUUACAAAUUAUUUUAUCUUUUACAAGGUUAGAAUUGGAGUGGAACAUUUAAGUCUUGUUGUUUAUGAAAAUUGGGACUGUAAUAACAAGUUGAUUUUUCAACAUGAACUUAAAUGUAUAACUAGACUAGCAUUUUUAAACAAUGAUGUUGCUACUUUCUUCUAUGCAGUUAGUGAUAUAGCGGACGGAAAUAAUGUAAAUUGUCAUGUUUACAUUACAACUCAACCAGAUGAAGUAAGAAAAUAAUAUUUAAUGUUAAUUAUAUAUGUACUGGUACUAUUAGAGUUUUAUCAAAGUAAAUUUCCCAUUCAUUAAAUUGUUAUACAAUAAAAUAUAUCCAAUAUUUUAAAAUAAAUAUUGACUUUUACAACUAAAUAUUUUGAUACAAUAUUAAUACUUAUUUACAAACCAUUUAAAGAGUUUCACCUUGUACUUACUACUUUAUUAAAUAUAAGUUUAAUUAUAUAAAUAUCAUGUUUACUGUCUAAAAUAAAAUACUGAGUUCUGCUUUAGAGUCCAAUAAAAUAUGUUUUAGUACAAAUAUUAAUACACAAAUAAAUAAUUAGCUAAUUAUGAUUUCCUUUACAAUAUGUAGUUCUUUAUAUUUAAAUGUUGAUUUAUUUGAAUAGUUUACAUUUUUAUCUAUAAUUAUUAAUUACAAACACUUGUAUGUAGCAAGGCUCCGUAAUUAGAUUCCAAUAUCUCCCCACCUAUUUUAUAUUUUUAUAGAAAUGUUUUUUGUAAAACUAUAUAUAAUCUAAUACUGUAAUUAGGGCCGAUAUAAAUAUUCUCUAAAAACUUAUUAAAUAUGUAUGUAGUUUUUACCUAAAACUCAAUAUAUGUACCAUUAAAAUGCUUAAUGAUUAAUGAAUUCAAAAUUAUUGUAUAUAUCAAUUUUACUGUAAGUCUGUACAUGCUCAAAAAAAUUAAUAUUUCAAAGAUUAUGUAUAUUUUUUUAUUUUUAAUAUAUUAUAUUUCUUUUUGGAAUUUUUCUUUAUCUGAAAAACAAACAAAAAUAAAUUUUAAUGAAAGAAAUUUGAAUUCUUACUCUAUUUUAUCUAAAAGUUAUAUUAUCAGCUCACUUACUGAAUGCUGACAGCUAGACAUACAAGAACUGAUAUUCUAUAAAUAGUAAGAAUAAGGGAGAGAGAGAGAUUAAGAUAUAUUCUGAAAUUCCGUAAUUUUUAAGAUUUUCAUCAAAAUUUGAUCUAAAUACACUCAUUAAAAAAAAACUAUUGCAUGCUCAACUUUGUUUUUUAGACCACUUAGUACUACUUUUAUUAUACCUUGUGUUAAAUUUUCAAGUAUUUCUCUUAAUUCAUACAAUUUUAAUAACAGAUACCUAUUAAAUAAAAAUACAUAUAAAAACUUAAAACAUUAAAUACCUAAAAAUAUCCAAGAUAUUUUAAGAAUUUUACUAAAUUUAUAAAAGUCCAAUAUAUAAAAAUUUCGUGAAAACUAUAGGUUUUUACAAUAAUUUUUAUCUGAAUAACAUCAAAAUCUCAAAUGCCAUACACUUUGCUGUAUUUCCUAGGAUUUUUUCCCGGUUUUUUUUAAUUAUUAGAAAAAAUUGUACAGAAAAUCAAUCAACAACCUUCUUGCUCACAAACUAGACAACAUUUUUUUUUAGAAAAUAUGCCGUUCUUGAAAUUUGAAUAGUUUUCUGGUAGAAAAAUAUAAUUUUAAAAGUUUUAAAUAAUGAAAUAGUGCCGUAAUUUGAAAAAAUUGUGUUUUCUGUCUUUGAGGUUUUUUAAAUUAUUAUAAAAAAUACUAUAGAUAUCAAAAAAUUACUUUGUCGGUCAGCUAUAUAACAAAAGGAACAAAAUUGAUCUCUUUUCAUAUUUUGAUUGGAGUAAUAUUUCUGGUAGAAAACUGUUUGUAAAAAAGAUUUAUAAUGCUAUAAGUAACCUCAGGAUGCACCAUAAAUAUUUGCAUUUUACCUAUAAUUUUCUUUUCGGUUUUUCCUAAUUGUUCAGAAAACACCUUGAAAAAUCAAAAAAUGACUUCUCUAAUGCACCAACUAGAGAAUUUCAGAAAAAGUGUUACACUUUAUAUAUUGAAAAUUUGUCUAUAGACAGAAAAAUAAAAUACAAAAACACAUAUCAUAGUAAAACCAAUAGAUCCCUCGCUAUGCUCCGAUUAUAAAAUUGGCACAAGCAACAUUGAGUGGGAUAGCUACGGAAUAGAACUGAUAGAAGGUAAAUUUGUAUUCGUAUAUAUUCACUUUUCUCUGCAACCAUCUACUAGGUGUAUGUUGCCAAAAAAGGCUUACUAAUAUAUUCAAGUAACAACAGAAGUGUUAGAGUCAAAAUGUUGGAGUGGGUAGGUGGAUAGUACAGGUACUUAAUUUAGUACAUCCAACAUGGUACUUGGGUUAAUUGUGAUAAAGGCAGGGCUGCACCGCCCUCUAGAAAUCUGGAUGAAACAAAAUUAACACAUUUAUUAUUAGGAAGACAAUAUUUUUUAUUUUUAUUAUUUUCAUUUAAUACUGUACACAGGUAAAGUUGUAUAAAUAUAAUUUAUAGUAGAUACAAUACAGUGUACUAUUUUAUAUGUCGAGGAAAAUUCAAUUUACUUGGUACCUAAGUAAAAUCUAUUUAAAAUGUAUGGUAAUUAUUCUUGUUUAUUAUUGUUUAAAAUGAUAAAAAUUAAAGAUUGCAAAGUUAUAAAGUUAUUAUGGUAUUUGACUGAUGGUUUUACUUUUAAAAUCAAAAAAAUAACAUUGAAAAUAAUAAAAGUUAAAAUUAUGACACUGGUUAGUUAUAUGAAUUAACGUAAUUUACUAUGGCCAAGGACAAGGUGAACUGGUAUUAUAAUAUGGUAAAUAACUACAUGUUGUUUAAAACAUAUAUAUAGAAAAAUAAAGUUUUAUUAUUAUUCUAAAAGAUAAAUAAUUUGAAUUUACUUGAGUUAUAUUUAUUUAUAAUUGUAUAUUAUUAUUUUUAAAAUUAAAAAUAAUGAUUUUCUUAUUCUUAUAUUAAAUAGUUUAUACCAUGAUCUAAACUUAACUACCCCAGUUCUAUUAUUUUGUUUGCUAUUUAAAUUGAUUUUAAAUGUUGAACUAUCAUAUUAACCAUAUUUAUAUUUUUUCAUUAUAUGGCAUGGUUCAUUUUAUCCUCCUUGACAUUUAAGAUUCUAAUAACAAUAUAUUUUUCAUAUAUAUAUAUAUAUAUAUAUUGUGUCCCAUUAAAACGUUAUGAUUAAAAUAAUUGCUUUAUAGUAGUAUGUACAGUUAACUACUUUAAUAAUUUCUGAGAAUAUUUAAUUACUUAUUAUUGCUUAGUAAUUAUUACGAUUUUACAUUGUGGUUAAUAACACAAUUCAUAACAGUGAAAUGUAUUAAUCAAUAAUAAGUUACCAAAAUAUUGUCAAAACAAAAAAAAAUCAUAUACAUAUAUGUAUAUAUAUAUAUAUAAAAAAAUAUAUAUCUUAAUAUGAUUGUGUUUAGUUUAAAUUUUAUUAUUUCAUCAUUACAUUAAUUUAUAAUAAAUUUAUAUAGGUAGGUACCUAAAAUAAAUUAAACACCUGAUUAUUAGCCAUUGAUUUAAUUACCUACUGGUCAUAGGAGUUCAAUUAAAAUGCAUCAAGUAACAUUUAUUUUUAUUAAAUUCAUAAUUUUACUUUAUAGCAUUUUACAAAUUAUUAUUUUUUAAACAAUAUAUUUACAGUAUAUAAUCAGUAAUUAGGUAAAACUUCCUACCUAUUCAAAAAUAAGUAUUAUAUAUAAAUUCAUGGUUAAAUUAUGAUUUGUUGCUAUUUAAUUUAAUAUUUUGAUAGUUCAACAUAAAAUAUAAUUAAAAAUCUUAAACCACUCAUUUGUUCAUUAAAAAUAUCGUAUUAUGAGAUAUUUUUAUUACAUUAAAAAUAAAUAAAAUUGAUUUUUACUUAAUAUAUAUAUAUAAAUGUACUCACUUUGACAUGUUUGGUAUAGACAUGGAUUACAAUAUUUUAAAAUAUUGAGAUAGUAAUUUAAUUAUUAGCUAUGAAAAUUAAAUUAUUUAUUUUUAUUAAUUUAUAUACUCUUCAAUAUCUAUAUAUUUUAAUUGUGAUGAUUUAAAUACAUUUCUAAAAAAAUGUACACUUGUUGUUCUUUACUGGUUUAGUUCUAAUUAUUAUCCAACAUUAAAUUAGUACGAUUCAGUAUUAGGUAAAUACAAAUUGGUUUAUUCAGUAAACAGUAAACUAAAAAUAUAGAUAAUAUUAGUAUAUUAUGUCAUCUGUAUGUAUAAUAUAUUAAAUAAAAAUGAAGAAAUGAUUUUUAGGAAAAAAAUAAAAAUUUAAUCCGUACUAACAGAAAAUGCACCCAUUAAAUAAUUUGGAAAGAGAAGUUAAAUUUAUAAUUAUUGUUUGUAUAAUAGAUAGUACUUAUUUUGUUUUGAUGUAUGCUAUACUGUAUUUAAAUGUAUAGACAAAUUGAACACCUUCCAACUUCUAAAUAUAGAAUGUCUAGAAAGUAUUUUGUUUUGUUCGGCAAUAAUUCAUUUGUUUUAGUCAAUAGUAGACUAAAUAUAUUGAAUUAUUUUUUUUAUAAAUUUUUUGUAGGUAAUGGAAUUAUUUUCCACAAUGAAAGAAAAUUCUCAUAAAUCAUUACAAAGUAUUGGACGAUCCUUAAGUAAUGCACAGACAUUGACUUCAUUGUGUGCUGAUAUAUCUCCUAACUCUUCUCAUUUUUUCGAGGUAAUUAUGAAUACAUUUAAAAAUAUUAAUCCAAUUACAACUAAAUCUAUUGAAUAUACUAUAAAACUAAUAAUUGAAUUGUUUUAGACAACGUUUUUCCACUCAUAGUUUGAAGGUUAAAUAAAAAAAAUUAUCAAUAUAUUAUUUUAAUUUAAAAUUGUUAACUUUCUUUUAAAGAAAAUAAUAUUCAUGUUAAAUGUUUCAGGUUCUAUAUGUUAGUAAAAUCAGAAUGUCACAAAAAAAAGUCCCAAAUUCAUUCAUUGACGAUGCGCUAGAAAAAUUUCGACUGCACGAAUUAGAAAAAAGUAAAAAGUCAUGUAGUACUAACACUUCAAGAAGAGGAUCCCAAAUAAAUGUAAAUUUAAUAUUUUUGAUGUAUAAUAUUGCAGUUUAUUAGAUAUUCUUUUAAAAAUAAAAUCAAUCUGUAUUUUUAUGUUACUUUAGUCUUCAGAUCAAAACACAACCUAUCUUUCAGAUCAAAGACGAGGAUCAAUGAUAAUUUUAUCUCCUGGGAUUGAAAACCAAGGUUAUUCCUCCUUUGGUACUGAAAAACAAAAUAAAGAUUCACAGUAAAUAAAAUUGUUAAAUAAAAUUGUUGUAUUUUGAUCUAUGUUGAAUGAAACAUUUGUUUUGUUUUUUAGGAUUACUAGAACUCUUUCUGGAUCAAUAAAUAUUUCUACUAAAAAGCUAGAAAUUAAUGUAUGUAUAAUUUGUAUUUUUAAAAGAACAAAUUAAUAUUUGUUCUUCUUUAAUUAUGAAAUAUUUUAAUAUUAUAAGGGACAAAAUAGUAAUAUAACAGAAGAAAUUAAUCGAACAAUGGUUUUUCAAAUUGGCCGAAGUGACUUACGAUUAAUAAGUCCAGAUCGUAAACAAAUACUUUUACAUAAACAAUUAAAAGAUAUUAUUCAUUGUGUACAGGUAUAACAUUUUAUAAUAUACAUUUUUAAGGGCAUUAUUAAUUAAAAAUUUAAUCAUUUCUAGGGUGUUAGAAAUCAAUUACAUUUUGGUUUUACUUGUAAAGAUUCUUCAUCAAUUGAAAGUUGUAUUGGAUAUAUUUUUAAAUGUGAAUCAAUGUCCGUUGCAAAUGAAUUAGUUACAGGUUUUUAAUUUAGAUUAAUAUAUUUUUAGUAGAUGAAGUACAAUUUUUGUUUCUCUUUGUCAUGAUUUUUCUGAACUUUUGCAUUUGUUUUAUAGGAGGUUGAAGUACAUAUUUUUAUUUCAGAUGAUUUAUACCAACAGUGGGUGGGAAAUAAAAUAUAGUACCCAAUUUCUGAUUAUAGUUUUUAAGCUGUGUGAAUUUAUUGUCAAAUUAUUACAUAGAUCAAUUUGUAGGAAGUCAAUUUUCAAUUUGAAGACUUCCAAAUUAAAAUUCUUAUGAAUUAACUAUAGUACAUCUGUAUUUGUUUUAGCCAUUAUUUCCAAAUUUUAAACUGAAAAAAUAAUUUCCCUAGUAAUUUGACAAUUUGUCUUAUUUGUCAAUUUGUUCAUUCAUAUUUUCAAAAUUGUUAAAUGUUCGUUAUAGUAAAAUUACCACUGUAGAGAAAUUAUUGUAUUUAAAGUUUUACUAUAAUUAAUUUACUAUUUUCUGGUUUUUCUAUUAUUAAAUUGUAUACAAUUAAUUUUCUUUGAAAAUAUAAGCAUGUUGUAUUUCAUCUAUUCUUAGAAAUUAGAUAUUUACUAGUUAUAGAGAUUCAAUAAAAGAUAAAAAUAAAUAUUAAUGUAUUUUAAUUAAAUUAUUACUAUAAUUAUUUAAUCAUUUAGCAAUUAAUCUGGCAAUCAACAAUACAAAUGAAACUUUAAAGAAAGAAAAACAAGUUAUUAUAUCUUGUGAACAUUGUCCUAUGGUGUGGUUUCACAAGUUAUGCUCCGACAUAGAAAGUAUGUUUAGAACAUUAAAUAUUAGCUUUAAAAGAAAAUUAAUAUUGAUAUUGUCAUCAGAUCUAAAUGAACAUAAAAUUCAAACUGUAAUAUUUAAACAGUUAGAUUCAUUACCAGAAGAUGAUCAAGAAGUUGUACUUACUAAGUUACACGGCUUAGAAACAUUAAGUAAAAUAAGCCUAAAAGAACAAAAUGAACUACUUAUAAUGUUGUUAAGAACACAUUGUGAAAGCAAACAAAUGAGACACGUUCACGAUUCAGCUGAAAAUAGGUGCUUAUAUAAAAAUAAUUGUAUGUGUGAUUGUUUUUCUACUAACAAAUUGAUGUUGGUUUUUAGGCAUGAAUUUUUAAAUCAAUAUCUUGGCGGGAAUACAAUUUUUAUGAAAGCUAAACGAUCUCUUACAAGUUCUUUUGAUCAACUGAUGAAAAGAAGAAGUUCAAAAGAUGAUUUAGGAUUAACAGCUUCUACCAAAGAAAAUUUUUUACCGAACAAUAUUUCAUUUUCCAAAGUAAUUAAGAAAUAAAAAAGUUUAAAAUAAUUAUUUCAACUUAACUUAAAAUACAUAAUAUAAAUAAAUAUAUGUUGUAUUUUAUUUUAGGAAUCUUCUCCAAAAUCUGAAAUUAGUUCAAAAUUAUUUGUACAGCAGUCAAUUUCUAAUAAUAAAUCACAAAUUAAUAAACCUGAAGUUAAUUUGGCUGAAACUAAAUCACAUAGCAGUCCAGCUUCAAUGAUGAAUAUGUUAGUUAAUACUUAAAUAUUAAUAGAAAAUAAAAAUAAAUAUUAUUUCGUAAUGUUUAAUUAUUAAUUAUUCCAAUGUUUUAGGUUUUUAAAAGUUGGCCAAUCUCCAAAAUCGCCUACCAUUUCAACUUCAGAUAAUGAUUCUGAUGAACAAAAUGAUCCGAACCCAGGAAGUUGGCGUCAAGCAAUUUUUAAAAAUGUAGUCACCCCUAACAAACAAACAAUAAGUAAUACAAAUCUUAAAAAAAAUAGUACUUGAAUUUUUAUUGGAUCAAAUUUUUUAGAUACUCAAAAUGUUAAGAAGUUAGAUGCAGCAGAUUUAAGAAGAUUAUGGAAAAAAGCAAUCAAUCAGCAAGUAUUAUUAAUUCGUAUGGAAAAAGAAAAUGCUAAAUUAAAAGGUAGUUUAAACUUAAAAAAUAAUUCAAUUCAUAAUUUUAAUUAACUAAUAAAUGUAUACAAAAUUUAGAAAGACAAGAAGAAGCUACUGUUAAAAGAAUAAAAUUAGAAUAUGAUGAUAUUUGUUCAUCGACUCGAGAAUAUUUAGGUGUUUGGGAAUCCAUUAUCAAUAAAGAGAAUCGUAAAUUUGAUGUGAAAAUGUUACGUCAAGCUAUAAGGCAAGGUAUGAUGGCAGAUGACAAUUCUUAUAAAAAUAAAAUGAAGAAUAAUUUGUAUAUUUAUUUAUGUAAUAUAAGGUGUUCCAAGAAGUAGAAGAGGAGAUGUUUGGAUAUUUUUUGCUGAACUGUAUUGUAAUACAACCGCUCCUUCUCCAAUUGAUUUCGAGAAGUUUCCAAAUUUUAAUGUUCCUUAUGAACAGUUGUUAAAACAGUUAACUAAACAUCAACAUGCUAUUCUUAUUGAUUUGGGUUUGUAAAUGAAUAUUUUUUACUUCUCUAAAAUAUAAGGUUAUUUACUUAUUUUUAUAGAUUACAAUAUAUAUAAAUAUUUAAUUACAUUUUAAAUUAAAUAUAAAAAAGUACACAUUUUUCAUAUUAAAUCUCAAAUAUGAAUAAAGAAAAAUUUAAAAUUAUGCUUUUGAAUUAAGAUUGAUGGCAAACAAUUCUAUUGUCUUAAGUAGCAUAACAUUUAGAAUUUUUGUACUUGAAAAUUAUUGUUUUAAUAAAAAAUCGUUAAAUGGUUUAAAUUAAAUGGAAUUUUACAAACCUCUGUUUUUUAUAUAAUUUAUAUGAAUUAUCAAAUUUUGCAACUUUAAAGUCCCAAAAUUAAUAAUAAGUCCUAAAUAAAUAAUAUCUUAAGCGGACAUGAUACUGACAUAUAAUAUGUUUUUUCAGUUUUAAAAAUGUAUGACAUAGGUACCAAAUUUUUGUUUAGCAGCGACGACAUUUUUAUAUUAUUUUUAAUAUUUUAGUGUAUUGAUUUAUUACCAAACUUGAAUAAAAGAAAGUUAUCUAUAUAAUUUAGCUCUAUUUUCUCAUUAUUUUUAUAUUGAAUAUUAAAUUGUGAUAUUUCACAUACUCAGAAAAAUAGCACCAACGUUACAUACAUUUUGUUCUUUUAUUUAAUAGGUCAAAUUUUCCUAAUAUUAAAACUGUUAACAAUAAUAGUGUCUUUGCUAAAUUCAAAUUUUCUAUAUUGUAUGUUUGUAAAACUGAGAUGACACUUGUGAAUAUCACAUACUCUUAACUGCUUUGUAGUCAGAUAAUCUAUUUAAUUAGAACUUUUUAUUAUAGAAUAUUUUUAAAACAUAAAAUUUGUAGACUGUAUUUAAAUACAAAUUACAUUUUUAGAAAAUAGAGAAACUCUUAUAUAUAAUCUUUUAUGAUUUAUAUUUUUUAUAAUUAUACAUUAGGUAUACAAUGUACUUGUUUUUGUACUAUUACUAGUAUUUAUUAAAAAAAGAAAAUACAUUUUUUUUAUUGAUCCUUACAUUCAUAAUAAUUAAAUUUAUUAUUAUGUUUUUAAGUACAUAUUGUAUUUGAAUGAUAAUACUUAUUGUUCAAUUGAAUUAUUGAGUAUGUAAUUUGUUUUGUCAAAAUCAUAGGAAGAACAUUUCCAAACCAUACAUAUUUUAUGUCACCUUUUGGUCCUGGACAAUUAGCUUUGUAUAAUUUGCUUAAAGCAUAUUCUUUAUUGGAUCCAGAAGUUGGCUAUUGUCAAGGGCUAUGUUUUGUUGCUGGUGUUUUGCUAUUACAUGUAAAUGAUUGUAUUAAUUAUAUGAUGAGUAAUCAUAAUAUAAUAUAAAUGGUUUAUUUUAUAGAUGUCUGAAGAACAAGCAUAUAUGAUGCUAAAGCAUUUAAUGUUUAGACGUUCAUUAAGAAAACAGUAUCUUCCCGAUAUGGCAGCCUUGCAAGUUCAACUGUACCAAUUAUCUCGACUUCUUCAUGAUCAUCACCCUGACUUGUAUGCUCAUUUUGACAAUUGUGAUAUUCCACCAACUUUAUAUGCUGCCCCUUGGUUCUUAACAAUAUUUGCUUCUCAAUUUCCAUUAGGAUUUGUUGCCCGUAUAUUUGGUAUAAUAAUAUUUUUUUAAUUUUGUAAUUGUUUACUUAAUUAAUAUAGUUAUAUAUUAUCUAUAGAUAUACUUUUUUUUGAAAGUAUCGAUGUUUUGUUUCGUGUAAUAUUAUCAUUAUUAACAUAUCAUAAGGAUAAUCUACUUGCUUGUGAUGGAAUGGAACAAAUAAUGAAUUAUAUAAAAAGUGAUUUCCAUAUAGUAAAUAAAGAAAUCAUCGAAAAAAUUAUUAAACAGGUGUGUUAAAUAAUUAUAAUAUUUACUGAGCUAGUUGAAUUUAUAAUUUUUUAUUAGGUAUUCACAACUGAUAUAUCUAAACAACUAAUGGAAUAUGGAGUUGAGUAUCACGUUUUACAAGAAGAAUUAUCUACACCUAGUCCAGAAUUAAAAAAAAUUAAGCAUUUGGAAGAAAUUAAUAAAGCAUUAACGCAACAAAAUAAAAUUCUUCAUGAACAACUAGAGGUAAUAUAUUUGGCUAUUUAAUUAAUUUAAAUACCUUCUCAACUGUUUAUAUAUAAUUAUUUAAAUAUAUAUUGUAGUAAUAUAUGUUAAUAUCAUAGGAAUUAGGCUAUAAGUUUGUUAGUGGUAACUGAAAAGUUUUAGUCUUCUUAUGGCCAGCUUACCGACAAUACGUGUGUGUGUACUACUCUAUGUACCAUUGCUGUUUUCGUUAUAUUUAAUUAUGAGUAUUGUACCUAAUUUAUAAUAUUGUAAUUGCCAACUGGCUAGUGUGUACAUUUUUCCAUAAUACAAUUAUUAGUCAUGUUAUUGGUUAGUUAACUCGUAAUUAUUUUGUUCGAGUACAUAGUGUUCAACAUUACUAUCCUCAUCCAUCAACUAAUGUUUAAUAAUUCCAUUGUCCUCUUACAAUAUAUAUAUAUUAAAAUAUUGUUUAUAGGAUAGAUUAGAUUAGUGGUUUUUAACCUUUUUCGUUCCUCUACUGAGAUAACUGACUGCUAACACCUCCCACAGCAAACUAUAGGCUUGUUAUUUCCUAAUUAGUCUUUUGCUUUUGCCUAAUGUUGAUAUUAUUUGAAUCUUUUAUUUCUUUUUAUAUUUGUAUUUUUUUAUUAUAGUAAUCUUGACCAACCCUGAAUCACAACCCUAAAUUUGGCCCUGUCCACAACUACUCUGAUUUCACAAUAAUAUGUAUCACUAGGCCACUGGUGCUUUUUUAUUUUUCCAUCAUUCUGAAUUUAAAAGCUCACUAUCCCCCCUGAGGGACUGCAUUCGCCCUGGGGAAGAUUUAUCUCGCACGUUAAGAACCACUGGAUUAAGUAGAUAAAAUUUUUAUGAACCAAACAUUCAAAUUUUUGUUGAUUUAACUUACAAUAUGUAUAAUUAUAAAUUACAGUAAAACCUCCUUAUAACGGUCUCUCUAUAAGGCGGAAAUCUCUUUAAAACUGAAAACAACAGUUCUUUAUAACCUAUAUUCCAUAUAUUUUAGUCUCACUAUAACGGAAAAAUCAGUUGGUCUAAUGAACUCCAUUAUAAGGAGGCUUUACUUUAUACAAUUAUACAAGUUUAAUAUACUGACUUCUAAAUUGUUUUAAAUUUAGAUUUGUAUUUACAUUAAAAUAAUUUUGAUUUUUAGAUAUCUAUAACAAAUAAUGGUCGGUUGGAGAUGAACAGAUCUUCUAAUAUUUCAGCUAUUAAUCGCUUGGAAAGUGAAGUAAAAAGUCUGGAAUUUACAGUAGCUACGUUAGGAAAUUUUUUAUCUGAUUUAGUUUAUACUCAUUCAGACAUAGAGAUACCUACUAAUGUAUUAGGUUUAAUUUCACAAAUAAAUAUGUGCCAAAAUCGACAAAUUGACAAUAAGCAAACAAAUAUUGACAAAUUCUUUAGUAAACCCAACAUAGAAAUACCAUAUAAAGUAAAACCUAUAAUAGAAAAAUCUUUAUCAGAUUCUAAAAAUAUGUUGAGUAAGUCAAUCAAAGAAGAAGUGAAUCAAGAAGAUGUUAACAAAAAAAGCUAUUUAAAAAACUCAAAAAGUAACUAUGAAUUAUUUGCUACAAAUAGUAAUAUUAAUAAUAAUGGAUUACAUCCAUUGGAUUGUAAAGAUGUCAAUGUAUGUUAUUCAGGAGUUACACAAUUACGAAAAAUUAAUCCCAUUAGGAGUAAUAGUGAUAGUCAUUUUAUUUUACCAAAUAUUGUUGCAGUAGAUGUAGAUAGUUCACUUUGUAAACGGGAUAGUAAUGACAAUAUCCAACACAAUACUUCUACCAUUAAUAGAAAUUAA